AUGCUGGCUGCGGUGCAGGCGACCCGGGACGAGGCUCGUGCCCGUGCUGCCCGCUCGCUCUCCACCGCUGACAAGCUGCAUCACGCUGCCCACGAGCUGAGCGAGGCUGUUGCACGGCGCUCCUCCUCCAAGUCCUCUUCCUCCUCAUCCUCAUCGUCGUCGUCGAUCAAGACCGCCGCCGCUACUCCCACCGGCAACUCCUCGUCAUCCUCGUCCUCGUCCUCGUCGCACUCGGCGCUCGCCACCAAGCCGGCUCGCCCAGGCCCACUCCCGAUGACCCUCAAGCCGCGCCGUCCGGACGCUCCUCCCGCGCCCGACCGCGACUCGUCGGACAUCACCUGGUGCUCCGAGUCGGGCGUCGAGUCCGGCGACGAUGCCGGCGACGCAGCUGACGACGGUUCGGGCACCGGGCUGUUCAAGUCGUCAGACUCCGAGCCUCCUGCUCCACACGCACCCGCACCCGCACUCACGUCCGCACCCGACAAGACGCUGUCAGACGACGACGCCAGCUCCAUCUCCUCCUCCUCGUCGACCUUUGGAGACGCUGAUGGAGCUUCCGAGAAACGCCUACUCCUGCCCGACGACACGCUGGCGGCGCUUUCGCCGCCGGCCAGCCCGCAGUCGUCGGCCUCGUCCGAACUGAGCGACGCUGCUCCCGCUGUCCGCAACACGCACCCUGCGUCGUCGCUCUCAUUCUCAGGCUCGACCUCGCUCUCGGUCAUCCCGCUCCCGCUGCCAGGCCGUGCCUUUGGCAACGACCUACCACAGCUGGCGGCCCAGCUCAGCAUCUCGUCGUCGUCGCUUUCAUCGACCCGUUCAGAUGCAGAUGCUGUCUGCCUUGACCCGCUCCGCCCACCCCGUCUCGACGCCCUCGCCUCGCCCUCGCUUGCCCAGCAGUCAUUGGUGCUGGGCUCGUCCACGGGCACGGUCGUCUCGCACUCGUCCGACGACCUCAUCGCCCCGCCGUCGCCCAUCCAGCCGCGCUUCUUCAACUUUGAUGCCUCGACCCUCGUCGAGCGUGCCGCCAAGACGUCCCUCGUCGACCGAGUCCUCUCCACCGCCACUCUCGCCCACAAGACCGUCUCGUUCUCCUCGCUCCCGCCCCAGACACGGACCAUCUCCAUCUCGGCCUCGUCGUCCUCGCUCGACUCCAACGGCGAGCCGCGGCUCUCGGCCCACCCCCCCACCCCCCCUCGUCCGGACGAGUCUACCGCCGCGUCAUCGCCGCCAUCGCCGCCAUCGCCGCCGUCACCACUAUCGUCGCCGCCGCACUCUCCCGCAUCCGCCGCCUCCUCCACUUCCGAUCCGUUCUCGGACACCGAGCCGACACCGGCCCCCAAGCCCGAGCCCGAGCCCGAGCCUGCCCCGGCCGCCGAGCCCGUCCCGGCCGCUGAGCCCGCCCCGGCCGCUGAGCUCGCCCCGGCCGCCGAGUCAGAUGAGCCCGCAGCACCGCUGGCGAUGACCCUUGCUCCGUCCCUCCCGCUCAACUUCUCCACCCUCUCCUCGUUCACCCUCUUUCUCGGCACUCUCCCGCUGCCGCCGGUCACGCUCCCAGCUGCGCUCACCGAGCCCGACGUCCUGGUCAUCCCGCUAUCGGCCGCACCGCCGCCGACCGCCUACUACCAGCCAACAGCGACCAACCCGCGGCCCAAGGUACUGCUCGGCCACACCAAGGCCUCGUUCGUCGACGAGGACACGCCCGAGCAUGCUCUUGACGCCGGCUUUGACGGCGUCGUCAUCGCGCCCGACUCUGGACUCGACGGCCUCCACGCCGCCAUGGCCAUCUUUGCCGCCUUUGAGUCCGAGCCGGCACUCUUUGUCCUCGCCGAGACUCCGUGGGACAACACGGGCCUCAUCCCGUCCGAGACCUAUAAUGUCCUCGACGGCACCCUCAUCUCUAUCCCGGUGCCCAUCGUCUCGCCCGUCGCCUACCCCUCGCUGGCCAACAUGCCCUCGCCAUCGCCUCACUUUUUCAUUCUCGGUCACACCUGCUUCCACUCGGCCGCAGCCCUCGACGCCGCAGAGCUCGCCCGCUUCACUGCCUGGGUCGGCGGCGCCUCUAUCCUGCCGUCCAUGUGCGUCUGCCGUGACGCACCCAUCACCAUCGAGGAUGUUGCGGCCGCGCGCUACUCGCUCGCCACCGCCUCCACCCUCGUCACCGACGACCCGACCGCCGCGCCCGAUCAUGCUAACCUCGACGCCCUCGUCUGGCCCUACCCGGCCCUCGCCCUCGGCUCGCUCCACGCCACCGACGAGCGCCUCCACUGGAACUUUCUCCGCGUCUUUGUCGAGAACACCGCCGCCGCCCGCGCCGCAGAGUACACCCGCGGCCUCACCGAGCGCCUCGGCGCCGUCGCCAUCACCCUCGACCACGACCACGUCCCCAACCCGGACCCACCGUCGCACGACGUUCCCUCGGACAUCGACCGUGACAACCUGUAUGACUACCUCGCCCGCGCAGCCGCCAAGGUCGCCGACUCGGCGUACGCCGACUACUGCCCGGACACCUUUCUUGACAUCCUCGGCAACCUGCCCGGCGAGACAUGCCCGCCGGCGCUCCCGCUCCCGGCGCCAACCCCGCUCCAUCCUCCGCCGCUCGCCACUCUCGGCGCCACUCCGCUAACGCCCUCGCAGGUCUCCACCCGCCUCUUCCAGGAGCAGAUCCACGACGCAGACUCGGCCGGCCAGCGCCAGAUGUACGGCAACGCAGGUAUCGAGGCCCUCCGCCGCGUCCUCGACAUUGCCGCCUCGCUCCGCGAGCGCAACCUCGCCCUCAACAUGUCUGCUGCCGCCCCACGCGAGGUCUACGAGGGCGACACCGAUGUCAACCCCAUCCGCAUCGCCCAGCAUCCCAAGUUCCAAGAGAUGCUUGCUGUCCUCGACUCGGCGGCAGAGCGCCUCGCCCAUCCAGCCAACGCAGACCUCAUGGCUUUCUUCUCCUCGGACGCCUUUGUCGCCGAGUUCAUCGACGCGCUUGCUACCCUCCGUGCCAAGCUCACCACCCGCCUCCGUUCCUCCACCGAGGACAUCUACUACGUCACCGUGUGGGAGCUGGACCCGCUCUCGCUGCAGGUCGAGACCUCGCGCGUCCCGCUCAACGACUACCGCAUCAACUUCAAGUCGGUGGCCCUCGUCGACCAGGACACCUCGGUCCUCCACAUCUACGUCGCCCGCCACCACCCCAAUCUCACAGAGGCCGUCACCCACUGCUACAUGGCCACAGAGUGCGGUAUGUCCCACCGAGGUGCCGUUCUUCUGGAGGCCCUCUUCCGCAAGGACCUCGAUCCGUCCCCGGCCUUUACCCCGCGACCACUCCUCCACCUCCUCUCGGACACCCUCAUCAACAUCCUCGACAAUGCCUCGUACGACCAGCUCACCGGCCUCCUCACACACACCGGCGCUGUCAUGCAGGUCCACUCGGCGAGAGUCCUCCCCGAUGCCCAGGUCCGCCUCCUUGUCCGCCACGCCGCCCAGGUCCAUGUCUACGCCAAGUUCCGCCUCCUCGAUGAGUGCUCGCUCGUCGGCGAGGCUGAUGUCUACCACCUCAAGCCGCUCUUUGAGCCGCUCGAGUGGGCAGGUGGCUCAGAGUCGGCAAAGGCCAUUGCCGCAGCCUUUUAUGCCGGUGCCUGGUCGCCCUCGGCCUACGCCCUCUCCUCGGCCUUUGCCGGUCUCGGCCGCGCUCUGCUCGCCCUCACCCCGCCACCGUCACACCCUUCGCCGCCGGCCCGCCUCAUCUACUCGGCCAUGGUUGGCAUGGCGCGCUACGCGGGAUUCAAGGAGCUCGUCGCCCUUGUCCGCGACGCAAACCCGUUCCUUGUCCGCGAGGGCGGCCUUGCCCUUGUUUACGCAGAGUUUGGCGGCUACACUGAAGACGACGUCAUGCGCCUCUUUGGCGUUUCCAAGUUCACCCUCGGCCCGCACAUCUACACCGCCGUCCGCGCCAAGCAGCUCCUCGACGCCGACGACGUGCUCGGCCCGCUCAACAACGAGGUUGCGCCCAAGGAGCGCAUCCCGCCACUAGUCGUCACCCCCAAGGAGGCCCGCUCGAUCACCCACUACGUCACGUCGUUUGCCAACGGCCUGUACUUUAUGCUGCCCAUGGUCCUCAACCUCCUUCUGGUCCUCACCACGGGCAUGGGCCUCCACUCGUCGCUCUUUGUCUCGCCGCUCGCCUCGCAGGUCAUGUCCGGCGCCAUGCUCACCUCGAUCAUCCUCAUGGGUGCGCUAGACAAUGCCUUAGCCCGCGUUGCCUCGCUCUACCUCUUCCAGUGGUCCUACGCCCUCAUCGCAGAGCUCACUGUCCGCAUGGCCGUUCUCUCCACCAUUGUCAUGGCCGGCGCCACUCUCGCUCUCCUUCUCGUCUUCUUCCCGGUCAUGCUCGCCUCGGAAGGCAUCGAGUGGUUGCAGGUCAUUGCGGGCGCCAUCUUCUUCAAUCUCUUCUCGGCCAUGCUCUUCACCGCCACCCUCGCCUUUAACCUGCACACCGGCUCCAUCUGGACCUCGGCCCUCGGCCUUGUCCUCCUCGGUUCGAUGGCGCUCCAGCUCCUCAUCAACGUCAUCUUCUUCUACGGCACUGGCGCCGUCAAGGAAGAGCACUUUCCGGUCUGGGCGCAUGGAUCCACGUCCUCGCCGACCUCUGAGGCUCAGGUCCACGACUGGUACUACGCCGCAGGCCUCGGCCCGCCGCCGCCGCCGCCCACCACCAACGCGCCCGCCCUCUGCGCUUGGUACAUCCAGCACGUCCACACCCAGGACGAGCCGCUGUUCAUCGGGCCAAACGGUGAGGCCCUGCCCACUCCCGACGAGCUACCGGAACUCUCACCUGACGAGGUCACCACUCUCACGCCCUGGGCCAAGGCUGCCGCCGCCCGACACAUCGUCGAGGCCCGCGCCGCCUACGUCAAGGCCGUCAAAGAGAAGAACUACGUCGGCGACCUCGGCCACAUGGUCAAGGAGCGCGUCGACAACUACAAGGUCGAGCUCUCGCUCGUCCACUGGUGGGUCCUGCUCAAUGAGCGCGAUCUCCCCACCCACGCCUCGGACGAGUGGGACGCAUCGCUCAAGCAGGGCAAGGCCGGCUGGCUCCUCAAGCGCCAGACGGACAUCCUCCAUCGCGGUGGCAUUCUGUGGCACCUUGCCGGCGGUGUCGUCGCUCACGGCCCGCUCUACUACAUGCUCAUGCUCGUCGACCGUCUCGUCCGCAUUGCUAUGGGCGUCUCGCCCGAGUUCCUCAACCCGGUCUCCGAGUACGAGACCGCCACGUCGUGGGCCCUCGUCUACCUCCUCACUGCCAUGGCUGUCGUCGAGCCCGUCCGCACUCGCGUCGAAGCACUCCGAAAGCUCGCGCCCAAGCGCCGCCUCAUCCCGGGCCUCACCACUCCGACAUCGCUCAUCACCGAUGAAGUCUCCGUCCGCAUCAAGGCCUACCGCGCAGAGCUUGUCCUCGCCUGCUUCGCCCUCAUCGUCGUCAUCGGCGUUGUCUCGCGGACGCCCACCUCGCCUCGCGCCACCAUCUCGGCCGGUGCUCUCUUCUACGUCUCAUCGCUCUCGUACACUGGCUUUAUUCUCGGCGCGUACAACUCGAUGUUCUUGCCAGCGCCCAAGGCCCCGCUCGUCCUCUCCACCAUGGCCUGCCUCAUCUUUGGCGCCAUCGCUUCAGUCAUCUCGGUCUGGAUCUCAUCGUCGACCGACUUUGCCGUUUUCGGCCUCUUUGCGGCCUGCUGGGCCUACGCCGGCGUCACUGCCGUCAUGGUCCAGCGCGGCCUCACUGCCACCGAAGACUACAAGGGCCUUUCAGUCGAGUUGCAGCGCGCCAUGCAGUCGGACGCGCUGCAGACCGCCGGCCAGCGGUAUGUGGGCGAGACCGAUGCCGCCGACACCCCGGACCUCGAGGUUGUCCAGGCUGCUCUUCUCGAUCGCCUCCACGCCCAUCUGCCGGCCCACGAGCGGCUUGCUGUCCUCCCGUCGUCCACACUCGGUGCUUCCAUCCUGGACGUCAUCUACGACUCGGUCCGUGCCGCAGAGGCCGGCGAGUGGGCGCCUGACUCGCUCUCGGCGCUAGCGUGCAAGGCAAUUCCGGGCGCAUCGGCUCUGCUCCGCCUCGCGGCGGAUCGUUUCGCUCGCGGCCACACCUCGAUCGUUCUCGUUCCCGAGUCGGUCCUCUACGAGUCGCCGCGCCACCGGUACGCAGCACUCGGUGACCUUGCGCCGGCGCCUGAAGGCAGCAGCGGCGGAAGCGGCCUUGUCGCUCGCCUCACCGUCUACGUCGGCGUUGUCCUCGGCCUCAAGCCCGAGCAGUACAUCCUGACCGCGGCGCAGGCGCUCAUGCACGAGACUGCCGAGCUGGUGUGCAAUCACCCGCACUCGACCGCCGUCCUUGCCGAGCUCCUUGUCUCGGCACCGGGCCUCACCCUCUCACCGGUCCCGCUCCGCAUUCGCAGGCAGAUGGAACUUGUACCCGAGUCGCAGCUGGUGGCCCUAUACAAGGCGACGCCUAAGGUGACCGCCAGCCUUGGCCUGCUAGGCGCCGACAUUGAGGUCAAGUGGAAGACGCAGAUCCCACACAAUGCCCGUGCCUUUGUUUGCGCCCUCCUCGAGACGCUCCUCGUCCUCAAGUCGUGCCUCGACAUUGACGUCGUCGCUGCAGUCGCCCAUCUUGACCACGACGACAUGCAGGCUGCGCUCGAUUACCUCGGUCUCACCCGGCUGCAGGCGACGACCAAGAUCGCAGUCUCGACGGUCUCGGCCACGCUCGCACUUCUCAUUGCUGACGCCGCGGUCAUUGCGCUCGACCGGCGGCGGCAGCCUUACGGCGCGCCCAAGCUUCCGCUUGGCGAGCCGGUCAAGGUUCUGCCGCCGCUCCGGCUCGCCCGCCGCCAGCAGUACCACGACAAGAUCAAUCUCUUCCGCGAGAUCGCCACCGCGCCACCGUCGAUCUUCAAGCGCAUCCAGCACUGGCUCGACGACGUCGUCCGGCUCAUCUUCCUCUGUGGCACUGGCGACGACUCGUUCCCCAUCGAGUACCAUACCGCCAUCACCCAGUACUUUGGCCCGCUCACUGUCAAGCUCGUCCGCCCGCUCCCCUACAUCUACAAGUACUUUGCCAUCCGCACGGUUGACUUUCUGGUGUGGAAGGCACUCACCCACUGGCGUGACUACAUGCGCGAUCUGGCCCAGCAGGCUGUCGGCGUCGAGCGUAUUCGCAUUGUCGCGCAUGGACCCCGCAAGCCGCGAACACUCAUCCUUCCGCUGCCGGCGCCCCCGACCGAACCUGACGACGCAGCCGAAGCCGAAGCUGGCGCCGAGGCUGAUGAGGCCGCGGCCGAGGCCGAGUUUGACCCCAACAUGCCCAAGCUUAUCGAGGGCAUGGUUGUUGCCGGGCACGUGGCCGAUCCGCGCGCCGGGCCCGGCAAGGCCAAGCUUAUCCACAACGUGGUCUACGACGAGGAGCUGCGGCUGCUGGCGACGACGGCCGGUGGAAAGGGCUCGCUCUUUGCACAUGCCCAAGUCGGCCUCGAGGCUGGAUCGCGGAUCCCCCUCGAGGCGUUUGAGCUCGCACACGAGCCGGAUGUGGCAAGUUCGCUGGCGGCUGGCUGUGCCGGCGCAGCCGUCCGCUUUGCUGACAGCCACCCGGCCGCUGUCCAGACAGCACUCAAACAGGCGAACCUCUUCCCGCUGGACGAGCUCUGCCCGCGCGCUGGUAGCUCGCCAGCCGACAUCUACACGAUGUUCAACGUCUUUCCGGAGAUCGAGGCUGUAGUCCAGUUUGACGCUGCCGGCCGCAUGGCCAACCGUAUCAUCAAGCUCGGCAUCGAGCUGCCCGAGCCCGAGCCCGAGCCCGAGCCCGAGUCCGAGCCUGAUCCCGAGCCUGAGCCCGAGCCCGAGCCUGAGCCCGAGCCCAACAUCCUCGCGGCCCAUUCGUCCACAUCAUCAGUCGUGUCAGCCACGUCAGAGCUGCUGUCGAACGAGCAAGGCGCCGAGGCUGGACGCGGGACCGAUUCCGACUCUCUCGGCCUCUCAUCGGGCUCGCUGGCCUCGAUGCGCACGUCGAUGUCGCCGCUGGGCUCGGUCUCAGGCGUUGCGUCUUCGUCGUCGACAUCGUCGUUCAGCUCAACGUCUUCGGUCAACUCGGCGUCUUCAAGCGCAGCCGCCGGCAAAGCCGGAGAGGCUGUAGAGCAGCAAGAGGCGCUGUCGUCGGAAGAGUACUCGUACGAGACGACCGAUGCGUCGGCAACGCCGGUGUCCGAGUCGUACUACUACGACGCCAACGUCGAUGGGUCGCCGAUUAUCGGCGCGCUCGACCUUUACUCGGACGAUGCCUUUAUCUCAGAGUCCAUCUCGGGCUCGCUUCUGACGAUGCCGGCGCCUGCAGCAGGUGCUGCCACGUUGGAUGUGCUGGACAUGUCGUCGGCCACCUUGUCGGCCUCUUUGCGCUCGUUGCCCGACGUCCCGGUGAUACCACGCGAGUCGAGUGCGCUCGGUCUCGCCAUCUCGUCAUCGUUCUCGUCGGAAGAGGGCGACGGUUCUGGGGCCCACGGCAUGGCCAACAUCCGUGCGUCGACCAUCUCGCUUGGCUCGCGGCAGGCGUCGACGAUGUCGCGGCCAAACGGCUCGCAGAUGAACAUGCCGGGCUCGUCGGUCUCGGGCAUCCUCCGCAACUCGCGGUCGAUCCUGCGGUCGGCGUCAUCGGCUGGAGGCUCGCAGAUGGUCAAGCGCACCGUCUCGUUUGCCGGCCUUGAUCCGCCACAGUCGUCGACAACGUCGCUGGCAGAUGGUGAGUCUGGCCUGGACGAGGCCGACGGCGAGGCCGACAACGUGGCCGGCGGCAUGGGCACACCGGCGCAGUCGGGCACGAUCGAGGUGCCUGCUGCGGUGCCACUAGUGGCAGGCCUGUUUGGCAAGUCGACCGAGACGCUUGUGGCGUCUGCACAGCUGGUCGAGGACAAGGUCUUUGGCCACGCAAGCGGCGAGGCGGAGCAGGAGCGGGAGCUGCCACCCGAGGCCGACUUUCCAUUCUUCCUCCUCAACGCGGUGUUUGUGUACGAGGAGACGGACGUGGCGACGGCGGCGCCCGCAGUGGCAGCGCAGAUUCCCAACGUGCCUAUCCUUGUCAACACACGGCCGACGCCUAGCGAGCUCGCAACCGCCGGGCAUGCACACGUUGCCAUCCACUGGGCGCCGUCGACAGACCGGCUGCUUGGCAUUGAGCGGCAUGUUGAAGGCGGCGACUCGCUGCUGGAAGUCCACCUCUACCGGCACAUGCGGCAUCCGAUUGUGCGCGUGCGGCGGAUCCUGACCAAGGCGAGCGACGAGGAGGUGGCCGAGGGCGGGCGGCGUAAGUACGUUCCGUUCACUGUCCUGCUAGCCGACUCGGAGCGGUCCGUCAACGAUACGGAGCAGCACAUUGAUGACGCCGAGUUCACCCCCUUUGCCGACUCGUUCGGCCUCUCGUCGUCAAUCAAGCCCGGAGUCUCGCUUGCCGAGAUCGACCUCGCCAUCCCGCUCGAGGUCCUCAACUCGAACGUUGACAAGCUGGACCGCGGCCUGCCCGAGACCGGCGAGAGUGGCGGCAGCGAGAGAGGCUCAGGAGGCUCGGGAGACUCGGUCUCGGGCUCCGGGUCGGGCUCGGAGAGCGGAGUCGGAACGCCGCUUGUGUCGAGGGCUGAAGCGCUGGCGGCCGAGGCGCUCAAGUACGCGCCGCUCGGCUUCCUCGGGAUCGGACAGGCGAGCGAGGCCGAAGAGCUAGAAAUGGUGGAAGAGCACGGCGGAAGACAGCCUGCUAUUGCGGCGCGGAUGUCGCUGUGGGCGCUGUGGCACAAGUCGAAGAUCGAAGGCAACUUUGCGCGGCUGUGGGACGCGCGCAUCCUCCGGCUCGACCCGCUGCUCCACGAGUACUGGUCGCUCCGCGACGGAUGCCAGAUCGAGGCUGCGCGCGACUGGAUGCGUGCGCACGCGGCGAUUGUGGGGCCAGCCAUCUGGGUGGCGGACGCCAAGGACAAGCGGUCGCAGUACGCCAUCAAGGUCGCCGACCUGUUUGCCAUGGGCCCGGGCGGCAGCUCCAAGGAGUUUUCGGCGACGGCGGCGGGCGACUCUGCGUCGCUGCUGGGGACAACGAACGAGCUGCCGGCUUUCACCUCGCUCGCGCUCGACUCUGGAACAUGGCCGUCUGACGGCGGCGGAGUGGCGUCGUGCCGGCGCGACACGAUCGACCGGGUGUGGGGCAUCCGGUGGGUGGCGUUCUCCGAGGUGGGCCACCCGGCCAAGACGCUCCACUACCAGGUGGAGGAGAACGUGGAGCGGCUUCACAUUCUGACCGACGUGCCGUUUACGACGCUGGCGCGGAUGGUGUGGGCGACGACGACCGAGGUCAUCCAGGAGCGGUUCUGCCCGCUCCUGCACGACAUGGUCGACGCGCUGCUCAUUCCGAUGCCGUCGGCGGCGGACCUUGAGGGCUGCGGCUCGAUGCUGGUCAACAUCUACCACUACUUCCAGACCUUUGACUGGACGACGACGUGGAGCUCGGGGGCGGUGCGCGGGGCGUGGCGGACGGCGUGGCUCAACGCGGAGAACGCCAACGAGGACGAGCUCGUGCUGGCGGAGCGGGUGACGCUCGACGAGAUUGACGCCAGCCUCGGCCUGUUUAUGCACUUUCUGAUGCCGCUGGCGGUGCCGCUCCCGCAGCGGCUGGGCGUGACGCAUGCCACGCACCACGGGGUGCAAGCCAUGGUGGGCGUGGUGGCCAAGCUCCUGCUGGGCACCUCGUUUGUCAUCUGGGACCACGGCAUGCUGUACCGCGAGCGGGUGCGUGCCCUCUCCGAAGCGACGGGCUUCUCGGUCUUUGUGCGCAACGCGCUCUCGCGGCUGACGGUCCUCGCGUGCUACGUCAACUACCACUACUCGGACGCGGUCAUCAGCUGUGCCUCGUUCGGCAACCCGGCGUGGCAGGAGGUGCUCGGCUCGGGCGGCGGCUCCGACUCGCGGCGGAUCGACAUGCUGGCGCGGAUGUCACCGGUGGUCAACGGCAUGGAGACGGACCGGUUCAAGCCCAUCCGGGCCAACGAGGAGGAGUUCCCCGCGGCCGUCAUGCUCUCGCACGUCUACGAUCUCAAGGACGUGAAGAACGCCAUCGGCGCGGCCGACGUCAUCGUCAACGAGUUUGGCCUCUCGUGCUUCAAGCUCAUCAUCUACGGCUCGCUGACCAAGGCGCCGGGCUACGUGGCCGAGUGCCGCGACAUGAUUGCCGCCGGCGCGCUGGCCAACAACGUCAACCUGGCCGGCUUUGGCAACGCCACUCAGGUCCUCCCGCGCGGCUGGCUCUUCCUCAACUCGUCGCAGAGUGAGGGCCUACCGCUGGCGCUCGGCGAGGCCGGGCUGGCGGGCCUGCCUGUGGUCUGCACCGACGUGGGCGGCUCGCGCGAGGUGGUCUCGGACGACAAGCACGUGUACGGGCGGAUUGUCCCGCCGCGCAACUCGCGGGCUCUGGGGCGGGCCAUGAUCGAAGUCAUGGCCAUGCUCAACGAGCUCGAGGCCAUUGUGACGGUGGACGAGGACGGCCCGCUGCCCGAGCGCGAGCUCGAGCUGGAGGACUUUAAGCCGCUCAAGCCAAACGGGAAGGACCUGCUGGAACGGAUGAUGGAGAUGCGGGUGAAGCGGCGGCGGCUGGGCAUGCUCUACCGCGCCUUUGUGCUGGCCAACUUUGGCAUCGUCCGCUACGUCCGCGAGCACGCACAGAGCCUGUACCUCGCCUCGUACCGCACGGCCGAGCGGCGGACCAAGGCGCGGCUGGUCCUAGCCGGCCUGGUGGAGCAGGGCGCCGAGGUGGACAUCUCGCGGCACAUGAAGCCGUCGCUGGCCGCCGAUGGCGCCGGCGGCGGCGCCCUGCUGGAGGAGCUCUACGACGCCCUGCCCACCGCCACUGCCGCCAAGCACGCCGAGCUCCUCUCGCAGGCUGCCGGCCAGCAGAUGGCGCUUCUUGAGCGCAUCUCCAAGCUCGAGCAGGAGCUGAGCAGGGCGGCGCCGGUCAUGACCGGCAAGGAGGGCAAGGGCGGCGCCGGCGGCGGCAUCGGCGGCGGCAGCAUGGCCGGUGGCGGUGACGGCCUCUCGCGCUGGGAGAGCACCGCCGCCGUCGCCCCGGACGGCUCGGGCUUGCUCGCCGGCGGCCGGUCCUCAGUCCGCAUGUCGUCCGGCAUCUCGGCCGGCCUGCUCUCGGUCCUCUCGGCCGGGCUCUCGGCCUCGGUCGUCGGCUUUGGCCCGCACUUUUCCGAUAACGACGACGACGGCAGCGAUAGCUCGUCGUACGACGCCUUUGCCGCCGAGGAGACCGAGGUCCGCCUCGGCGAGGUCUCGGGCAUGCUGCUCCCGGUCAAGCUCGCCAGGCAGAUGUCGACGGCCGACGCCAAGCGCACCUCCAAGCGCCGCCGAGUCCGGCGCAAGGACUCGGCGCUCAUCGGCGACUACGUCUACGACGAGUACGAGUAUGAGUACGAUGGGCCGCCGGCGCCCGGCGGCGGCAGGUCGUCGCUCUGGCGUGAGGUGUCCAAGGCCAAGCUGCGGAGCCAGCGAUCGGCCUCGCGCGGCUCGCUGAGCACGCUGCGGUCGAUGUCGUCGCUGGCGCGGCUGAACGAGGCGUCCAAGCAGUCGGACGCGUACCGCGAGCGGCUGCUGGCCGGGAUGGCCCGCCCGCGCCGCCGGCAGCUGGAGGGCCUGAUGCGGUGGACGUCGACCGGGCUGGACGACGCCGCCACCGCCUCGGCCGCCGCCGCCGCACGCAAGGCCACUCCGCAGGCCGCCAACAUGACCGCCGCAGCCGCCGCCGCCGCACGCACCGCAGCCGUCACCGCAGACGUCUUCCACCUCGAGCGCCUCGACACCAUCGAGUCGUUCGACUCGGGCCGCAACUCACCGAAUCCGCCGUCAUCGCCGGCGGCGGCGGAGCAGGAUGCCGAUGCCGACGCCGACGCCGACGCCGACGCCGACAGCGCAGGCCGCCGGCGCCGGGAGAAGGUGAGUCGGCGCAGGCGCCGACGGCGGCGGGCGGCGAGCCGGUCCGAGUCCACAGAGCGUGUGGGUGCCCAGCCCAAGACGAAGGAGCUGCUCUCGCCGCGGCGGACGAACCGGUCACCGCUGGUGCCGCCGACGGCGCCGAUGACCGCCCAGCUGCCGCUGCCCGGGCAGUCGCGGCGGCGGCUGUCAAACGACGAGAACCACGGCAAGGCGAGCGGCGAGCGGCGGAAGCGGCGGCGGCGGCGGAGUGAUACGGCGGUGUCUUCGGCGGCGGUGCAAUCACCACCGCCAGCGCAGCCGCCAUCAGCAGCAGUGCGGGCCAUUGAGCGCGACGCGUUUGACACGAGACAGAGCGCCGACCAGCAGAGCUCGCGCGAGCCGACGCCCGACCCACGCGCGUUGCCACUGAAAGAUGACGACGCCGCGAGCAGGCUGUUGAUGGAUGCUGCCUCCGAGGCCACCGUCCGCCAGCGGCUGCAGACGAUCGAGCCGCCGGCUGACUACGCGUACGAGGAGUCGAUACCCGAGGUGACUGUCGAUCCCGAGCCGGAGCCGGAGCCUGUGCCCGAGCCGAAGCCGGAGCCUGUGCCCGAGCCGAAGCCGGAGCCCGAGCCCGAGCCGGAGCCGGAGCCUGUGCCCGAGGCAGAGGCAGAGGCGUGGCCGGCAGCGGUGGUCCCUGCGCCGGCGGUGGUACCGCCGGCGGCGCGGGCGCGGGUGCACAUGCCCGGGCGCGAGCGCGCGGAGCGCGGGGCCUUGGGCACGCUGCUGGGUGAUCGCCGGGCGGAUCAGCGGCGCAGAGUGGCGCAGCGCGGGCGCGGGCGCCGGCGCGGGCGCGGCACAGCUCGAGGCGGUGCCGGGCCGGGCGCCGGGCGUGGGCUGGCGGCGCUGUCUGGCGGGCGCGGGAGCGGCAGCGAGAGGCGGAUCCGCACCACGCCGCCCAAGACGCACGCCGGCGGAAGCCCUGGCGGAGCUGGUGGCAGCGCAGCCGGCGGUGGCAGUGGCGGCGGCGGGCUGGCCAGUGCUGUGGGCCUCAGCCCGCUUGUCAGCGGGCGGUGGACGCCCGGGGCGACGCCCGGCGGCGUGUACGGGCGGGCCGGGCGCGGACUGGGCCAGGCGACGCCGCGGACAGCCGAGGUUGUCGAUCGCGAGCUUGUCCGUGAGGAGCAGCGGGUGCGGCAGCGAGAGGCUGCCGAGGAGCUUGCGGUCGAGGCUGCGGUCGAGCUGCUCCACCGCCGCGGUCCGCGGACGCAGCGGAUGGGGCCGUCUGGGCGAGUGCGGGCGGCAGCCGGGCUCGCAGCCGGGCUCGCCGGGCUCAGCAGCAGCAUGCCGGCAGAUAGCGGCGGCACGACGUCCGAGGCCCGCACCACCACGCCACCUAGCGGUCGCGGCUCAACACCGGGCAGCAGCACAGGCUCGCUGCCCGGGACGGGCGGCGGCAGCAGCGGCGUGGCGGUGCUGCUCUCGCCAUCGCCGGGUCGGGCCAAGAGCGGCAAGGUGCUGCGGCGCGGGCCCGGCAGUGGCGGCGGGCGAUGGCUGUAGCUAAAGACAUGUCUUGAGCACAA